AUGGACAGCUCAAAUUCUUCUCGUGUAGAAAGCGAGACUACGCCUCUGAUCCCUGAAGGGGCCUCGAAAAAGCCUAAAACGCCUCUUCCAAAACUCCAGAUAGGUAUACUUAUGAUACUGCAACUUGUGGAACCUAUUGCUUCGAUGUCGAUAUUCCCGUACAUUAAUCAGCUGAUCAGAGAACUUGGCAUCACUGGAGGCGACGAUGCAGCUGUAGGAUAUUAUGCUGGAAUAAUUGAAUCUUUGUUUUUCGUCGCGCAGACACUGACAGUGCUGAGGUGGAGUCGGUUGUCUGACCGUAUUGGACGCAAGCCAGUGUUAUUAGUGGGUUUAUCGGGAACUUGCAUCUCCAUGCUAUGUUUUGGUCUCUCGACAUCGUUCUGGAGCCUAGUCAUUAGCCGCUGCAUGUGCGGUAUACUAAACGGCAACGCUGGAGUCAUGAAGACCAUGGUGGGUGAAUUGACAGACUCUACAAAUAUGGCCCAGGGAUUUGCCUUGAUUCCGAUCGUCUGGUGCAUUGGAAGCUUUGUUGGCCCUUUAAUCGGCGGAACGCUCGCGCGUCCACAAGAUAACUGGCCCGGUGUAUUUGCUCAUCCGUUCUGGACAAAAUACCCAUACUUCCUACCUUGUGCGGUGUCCGCUUGUCUUAUUUUACUGGCCUUUUUCAUCUUGUUAGUGUUUUUAGAAGAAGUAGGUUCUCCAUACCACUGUAUCACCGCACAAGUUACUCACGAUCAGCAGACAUUAUCAACCAAGCGUCGACCAAAAUCAAAAUCAACUACCCUAGGUAUUUCAAACGGUGCCGACAAUGAUGAUCGAGAAGCCCUCGCGCAAAAGUCUAUGGCGAACAUGCCCUUGCGAUCUCUACUCACACCUACCAUUGUCAUUCCAAUUGCAAACUACGCUAUGCUUGCUUUACUUGACAUUUCUCUCAUGGCUCUUUUGCCGCUGUUCUUGUCGACUCCUAACUAUCUUGGGGGCCUUGGGUUUACCCCUUCUUCUAUUGGCUCAUGGAUGGCGUUGUUUGCAAUCUUGGAUGGUAUCUUCCAGGCACUGUUCUUCGCCAGAAUUGUCGAUUGGCUUGGUCCAAAGCGUCUCUUCUGUUUGUCCGUGUCGUGCUUUGCACCAGUCAUGCUAGUAUUUCCGUUCAUGUCAUGGCUCGUACACACAAGGGGAAUAGUUGAUCAUGCCAUUACGUUUGCCUUGAUUGGCCAACUUGUUCUGACAGUUAUAUGGGACAUGGCAUAUGGGACUGUCUUCAUGUUUGUCACGGCCUCUGCUCCUGCAAAGAACGUCCUCGGCGCUGUCAAUGGUCUUGGCCAAACCUCCGCGUCAAUGGCUCGUGUCAUUGGGCCCGCCUUAGCAACCUCGCUCUUUGCGCUCUCAAAGGAACACAAUAUCCUCAACGGGAAUGCAGUCUAUGUCAUCUUGAUUAUGCUGGCUGGUGUAUUGAGGUGGCUGGGCUCGCAGUUGCCAGAUGAAAUACAAGAUAGGGAUGAGUGA